AAGAGCAUGGCAGCCCCCAUAAGAACAGCACAUCGUACUUAAAACAUUUACUGUAAGCUUUUCUCUGUUAAAGAAAGUCUGACAAAAUGGGGAAAAAACAGAAAAAGGAAAAGAAAGGAAAAGGUGCUGAAAAAACAGCCAAAAAGACUGAUAAGAAGAUGGAAAAGAAAGUAAAGAAAGCAUUGGCGGAGGCGGGAGAGGAAGAUAUUGAAGCACUAAUUGCUGAGUUUCAAUCAAAAGAUAAAAAAAGAUUGCAAGUUGUAGAGGAAAAAUGUGAUCCACCAUCUCCCAGAUGCAACAUGACUUUGACACCACAUCCAGACAGAGAAGAGCUGAUUAUGUUUGGGGGAGAAUACUUCAAUGGCAGUAAGACUUUCAUGUACAAUGAACUGUAUUUCUACAAUAUAAAAAAGAAUGAAUGGCUGAAAGUGACAGCUCCUAAUGCCCCGCCUCCAAGGUGUUCACAUCAGGCAGUCGCACUGAAACAGGGUGGAGGGCAGCUUUGGUUAUUUGGUGGAGAGUUUGCCAGUCCAACACAGUCCCAGUUCUAUCACUACAAAGACCUGUGGGUUUAUCAUCUACAAGAGAAAAAAUGGGAGAAGGUGAAUGCUCCAGGUGGACCCAGUUCUAGAAGUGGACAUAGAAUGACUUCCUUGAAGAAACUUCUGAUAGUCUUUGGAGGUUUUCAUGAUAAUAUCCGGGAUUACAAGUACUUCAAUGAUGCAUAUGCUUUCAACCUGGAGACUUAUACAUGGAUGAAAGUGGAGGCCUCUGGGAUACCUCCUGCUCCAAGAUCUGGCUGCCAGAUGGCAGCACUGGCUGAGCAGAACAGAUUGUUGAUAUAUGGAGGAUACAGCAAAGAAAAAGUCAAAAGGGAGGUGGAUAAAGGAACUAUACACAGUGAUAUGUUUUAUUUAGUAGCUGAAGACAAAAAGAAAGAUGACCUGUCCACAGUGAAGUGGAAAUGGCAGUCAGUCAAGCAGUCUGGUGCUCGUCCUAGUCCUAGAUGUGGGUUCUCAUUGACACCCAUUGGAAAUAAUAAGGCUAUUACUUUUGGUGGGGUUUAUGAUGAGGAGGACUCUGAAGAAGAAAUCAAAGGAGUUUUCUACAAUGAGAUGUACACAUUGGAGUUAGACACAGGGAAGUGGUAUGAUCUGGUGCUAAGGGGUAAGAAAGUAAUCACAGAGAAAAAGAAAAGGAGGAGAAAAGAUAAGAAAACUCAGGAUGGAGAGAAUGAGGAGGGAGACUGUGAUGAGGAGGGAGAGGAGGAGGAUAUGGAUGUUGAGGAGGAAGUCAAGAAUUUGAAGAUAGAAGGCAAUAAAACAGAUUCAACAGAAAGCUCAUCAUCACCCCAAAAUGAAGAAACUACAUUCGAUGAUGGAGUUUUCAAAGUAACAGUGGGACCACAGACAACAUGUCAGUCAGGGGAUGGCACGGGUGACAGUGGCUCCACCUGCAUGGAAGCAGACAUCUUUAUGCCGAGGCCCAGGAUGAAUGCCAUGGUAACAGUUAAAAACAACCAGUUGUUUUUGUAUGGAGGUUUAUAUGAGGAAGGAGAUAAGCAGAUCACUCUGGAUGAUAUGUAUUCACUGGAUGUACAAAAAGUGGAAGAAUGGAACAUUAUAUGUAAAGGCAAUGUUGACAGCCAGGAAUGGCAGGAGUCCGAUUCCUCAUCAGAUGAAGAAGAAGAUGAAGACAUGGUGUCAGAGGGCACUGAAGAAGAUUUGGAUCUUGAAGAUGCUCCUGAAAUUGAGGAAGAGGAAGAGUUAAAAGACUAUUUUCUAAGAACCAGAGAAUUCUGGCUGGAGACUGUUAGUGACAUGUUAGCUGAUGAGGCAGAAGAAAUGUCUUCUGGAAAGAUGCGUCAAAAGGCAGAGGAGAUAGCCGAGUUGUAUUAUAAAAGUAACACAUGAUACAAGGUAUUGUGAAUGAAGAAAUUCUGAAAUUUUACUGCAAUGUCAAAUGUGUACAGGGCAGUUGGAAAAUGUGAAAAUGUAUGUUUACAGGACAAUUGUAUGAUUGGAAAAAUUUGGUAAUUUCCACUCUUUCAAAAAAUCAGUACUUUGAGAUGCCUUGGCCUUGACACUUGUGCUUUAGCUUCCAAGCUGUUUUCCUUUCCAAAUGGCCAUUCAAACAUUGCCAUGUAUGUCAUCCAAACAAAAUGGCACUUUCGGGUAUUUUUGGGUUGAUAUAUGAUAUUUAAGGAUACAAGGUUACUGGAGUUCUGUUUUUAUCUGUAUAAAUGGUAUGUACAUAGUAACAUAGUGUAUUGCUUUAAAAGAGGAACUCUUGUUUUGUAACAGUUACAGUUUGUCUGUUGAAGUCUAAAUUAGAAACCAACCAUUUCCCCUUACACUUUUUUCUGCUCUUAUGGUCUUCAUUAUUAUUAUUUUUUACUCCUUUGCCAAUUCAGUUGUUAAUGUAGAUUUAAACAAAUCUCAUAUUUGUUCAAAUUCCUGUGAAAUCAUUGCCCCAUCAGAAAUAAAGAUAAAAGAAAUUUUCUCUCCUC